AUGAGUAACGCCUCUGGAGCUUCUAGUGGAUCGUCAAUCGGUCGUUCAAGAGGCAGAUUUUAUGGGGUGCCAAAAACCUGUCCGUGUGGGGAACAAAUCAUGGAAUUGAUUUCCAAAUCCAACAACAAUCCUUACCGGCGUUACUAUCGUUGUGGCUAUGCUGUGGCUAGGAAGCUUGCGAAUGAUAACCACAUGUUCAAGUGGGUUGAUGAGGCUCACUUAGAGGAGAUAGAGGCAUUGAAAACAAAAAAUGUAAGACUUGAGGAAAAGCUUGAAGCAAUUGCAGCAGAGAGGACAGAGUUUGAGAGGAUUGUGUUUGAGAAUGUGCAAAUGAAGCUUGAGAAGGAGAUAUUUGAGAGAGUAGAAGAGACAUUGAUUGAAGCAUCAUCUACUUCAAAGAAAAUGAUGAUUGGUGUAAUUGCUUUGUGUAUGGUGAUGGUUGGGUUUAGUAAGCAAUUAGGUUGA